GCCCGAAGAAUUCACUUCGCAGCCAGUGAAUGGGCUUGAGUCCAAAUCUACCCGAACGCAGACUAUGGACUCGAGUAGUAGGAAGGCAGUCUGGCUGCUGUGGCAUCUGUGGUCCUGCAGCCGAGGUACCGCAAGAGCCGCCCCAGCGAGGUCCUCAUUUCUCUGCAGACGGGCGAGCACCUGAAGGGAAAGCCUGUUUCAACCCGAGGGGACACACAUGCCGCUCUGUCCGAGCACGGUUGUCAGCCUUCCGUGCGAUGCUGUCGGGAAGCCGCUGGAGACUCACGUGAGGUGUCUGAUCUGCUGCGACCUGCACGGGGGAGCCGGUUUAUUCCCGUCGCAGUUUCCCCCAAGCAGAGCAUCUGCGACAAGUGAGCUCGUCCCUGCCUGUUCCCUGGCUCUUUGCGAAAACCAUCAGUCCUUUGAUCCUAAGCGAUUGUCCGUGGGCGGGGGCGGGGGUUGUCCAAGGCCCCGGGGGUGCUGGCAGGGAAGUGGUACCAGGGCCUUGGGAGAGGCGGCUGUGUGCUGCCACCUGUCACUUGCUCAGUGAGCUCAGGUCCCAGGGCAUCCGUUUACCUGGGGUUUUAUGAAAUGAGAAAAACGUCCCUGCUCUUUCUGAGUCAAAGGAGAAAGAGGAGGCAUUCCCUUGUGGCUCAGCAGGUUAAGGAUCCUGGCAUUGUCACUAUAGCAACAGGGGCCGCUGCUCUGGUGGAGUUCAGUCCCUGGCCCAGGAACUUCCCCAUGUCAGGGGCGCAGGUCAAAAAAUAAUUAUUAUAAUAAAAUAAUUUUUAAAAGAAGAGAUGAAAAGAGGUUUGCAGAGCUCAGCCGACUUGGAGGGAGCGUUCCCUCCUCGGCCUGCCCCUUUCUUAGAGAUACCCUGUUUUCUGUGUUUUUAAUUUCAGACUCCCCCUUGAAACCAGUGUUUAGAAUCUCAGGAACAGUUUGCCAAGUGAACAGGAGUAAUACUUCCCAGGCUUGAGCUUCAGGACACUUCUAUUUCAUAUCACACAAAAUGAAUUCUAUCACUGCUGAUCCCUAAAUAACCACAGUCUGGAUGGCUUGCUGAGUGAUCAUUGUGUUUCUCUAAGAAAUAUUUAUCAUAGAGAAGUGAGAACAUUGCGCGGGGGAAGGGAGCUCCUGCGCAUAGAAAAGGGUUCCUCAAUGCCUUUGGCUUGAGGACAGAGCCACCUUGACUCACGUGUAGCUCAGGUCCGCAGGUGACUGGAAACAGGAAGCCUCAAAUAGUGCUUCUGCACACGUGGUCCUGAAUUAGAACUUCUGUGGGCGGGACCCACAGAUCUAACAGCUCUUCUAGGCGAUUCUGAUACAGGCUCAUGUCUGAGAACAGUGUUCACAACCCAGGGGGAACCCAGUCGAUUCUAGGAAGAAAGACAUUCCCUGGCAUCACCCUUGGGAUGCGUCGUCUCUAGGUAGCCAUACCGCCCUCUGCUGUUUGUGUCUCACAUUACAAGUUGUCCGGGUGGAGAGCAGGUCUGGAUCCGGGUCAUUUACUGGAGAGGGUCUCAAUUCUAUGUUCCCUCCCUGCCCUCCUUUGUGGAGGGGCUUCACCCUCAGCAGUAGUGACCGACUAUGGUGGUUACAGCUGUCCCAUCCAAGGUCAAGGCCAUCUCAUUUGCUGUCCACUUUUCAAGAGCAAGGAAAACCCUCAAGGAAACUACAGCCGAGCACCCAACCCCAAGCCUCUCACUGGCGUAGAUUCAUGGAAACUCAGUUGAAAUGCAGACCUGUCCUGUGUCCACACGGUUUUCCCUCAUGCUGCCCUUCUGUAGUCAGAUCCAGCCCUGACUCCACCACGGAUGCGUUCUCCAUCUUUAUAACACGUUUGCUUGAGAAUGUUCUAUGAAUGGAAGCAUGCAGUAUGUGGCUUUUGAGAUUGACAUGUUUCACUCAAGGUCCUUUCUCUCGCCGAAUUCUUCUGGCCAUGCAUCCUGUUCAUGAUUCUGACAGUACUUCGUUUUCAAGAACCUCCCAGAGAAAGAGACAAUUGUUAUUUGCAGCCCCGGGACCUGCCCAGUCAGGGUGUGUUCCCCUUUGUCCGAGGCCUUCUUUGCAACACCGGAUCCAGGUGCAGGAACACAAGCUAUGAAAGGUCCAUGGAACACCAUUUUCGUUCGUCUAGGCUCCGAAGUGCAGCUGCCCCGCACAGGAAGGUGGAUGACCUGGCCUUCUUAAAAGAGAUGCAGGACCUUGCCAAGGAAGUUUACGAAGUAAUGGACGAGGCGAGAAACCUGCAGAAACUUUGGGUGGAACGAUCCCAGACUCCAGAUUCUUCUUUUGGUUCCAGUUUUAUAACAAUGGAUCUUAAUAAGACUGAGGAGGUGCUGGCGAAGUUGGAAAGUCUUCACCGGCAGCCCCACGUCUGGGAGUUUCUACUUUUACUGCCGCGACUGCGUUCAGACAAUGACCAGAGUGAAGACGGCAUCCGAGGGGCAGAACACCUGCUGCAGGCAGCUGUGAAUUCCUUCUCAUCUCUAGAGGAUUUGGACUGGCUGCCACGCAGCCACACCUUUGCCAGGGUCUCCAAGAUGGUGCUGAAUGUGGCCAUUUCGAUGCUGACGUUUCUGCAGGAGCGUCAAGUAGCAACCACAGAGUCAGGAUACACCCUGUCCUUGAUAGAGCUGGUGUGGGAUCCGCAGAAGGUUCGGGCUGACCUGAAAUCCCAAUUUGGUUUUGGGGACCUUCACACGGACCGCAUCCUGAAUUAUUCAGCUCAACUACAGGAGAUUCCCACAGACAGUUCGCUGGAGCGGAUGGUGUGUUCAGCCUUGUCCGGUUCCUCUGAGGAUGAAGGUGACAGAGGGGGUCACCCUGGAGACUGCGACCCCAGGUGGUCAGCGGCCAAAAACUACCUGGUCCGUGAGGUCAGCCAGCUGCACCUCUAUAAGCAGGUGUUUGCCCAGUGGCGAAGGGGCGGCCUGCUCCAGAAGGCGCUGGCAGGGCCCAGCCGCGGCCUGGAGGCUCUCAGGAAUCAGUCUGCGGAGGGCAGCCCGCUGUGGAAGGUGGCGGAAGCUUUGCACACUGCGUUUCUCCUCCUGAAUGACACCCUGGCAGCAAGUGGCCCACAAGGCCACCACACCUCUACCAGGAUAUUCCUGCACCUACAGCGACUGCAGCGCGUUGUCACGAGCCUCCCCCCCGGGCCGGCUCUGGGGAGCCUGCUCCAGCUCGACGGGGCCCUCCGGAAGGUGCUAGCCCGGACCUCAUACUUUGUCCAAGAAGUCCUCGUUCGCCUGGAGACGUCUGCUAACGGCUCCAAUCCGGGUGGACCCGGCCAGUGGAAGCUGGAGAAGGCUGUGCUUUUUGGGCAGUUAGAGCAGUUGCUGAUGAAGAAUGCCACUGGGCUGUGCCUAAGCGGUCACUUGUCGGAGGUGGGAACUCUCCUGCGUCCUGGGCACCCCAGCGUCCAGGAGGGCCUCGAGGGCCUUGAGGGCCUGGUGUGUGGUCACAACUCCUCCCGUGAGGCCAGCGCUCUGCACAAGCUCCUUGAGUCAGUAGAAGAUGCUAAUCGCCUAUUGCAAGAGGUUGUUACUGGGCACACAAAUACGACAGUUUUGGAACCUGAGGACUCUCCGGGCUGGCAGGACCUGGACACACAGCUCUCGGCAGCGAGCCUUCCCUGCUCUCGGCUCUUGUGGCUUCUGGGAGCUGAGGUCUCCCAAGGUGACUGCAAGGACCAGCUUAUGUCCAUAGUGCUGUUUCAUACACUAAAGAAGGUACAGCUUUUCCUGGAACAGACACCCUCCUGGAAAGCCUUCCUAGGAUUUGUCAGGAAGACGUGUGAACUGGCUCGAUUUGUUAACAAGCAGGAGAGUUUCCAGGACGGUCUGCUUGAUAAGUCAGUGACUUCACCUCCAGCUUUCUCUGAGGAAUCUCCUUGUUAUGAAGAAAACAUGGAUUGGAAAAUCAUCAGUGACAAUUACUUUGCAUUUUUGAAUAACUUACUCAAAACUCCAAAAACUUCCCUAUCCAGGCUCUUAAAUUCUACCAAGGAACUUCUAAUGGUGGAAAAGAAGUUGCAGCCCCUUGAGGAUGAGCAGAUAAACCUUCUUCUAUCUUUUAUGGAAUUUUUGGAGAAAUUAUUAGUGCCUAAUCCUUUUGACUCAUCCAGUGUUCCCAAAUUCCAUACCCUCCUGUCUCUCCCUGAGAGUAUUCUAAAUAUAAGUUAUCUGUGGAUAGAUCAUUUAACACGCUUAGAGAGUGAUACAGCUGGUGUUGAUACUCAGAAACUUUUGGAAUCUGGCAAAGAGAUGAUUGAAAAAGUACAAACUCUUGAAAACCUCUGGAGAAAGAAGGAAUCGAGGAAUAGCUUGAGAUUUCUGGAAUUAUUACUUUAUGAAAUGCAUCCCAAGUUACUAGAAUUGUGGAUAUAUGACAUUUCAGCAAGAGAAAGAGCUAAACUGGAAGUCUUGUCUACGCUUUUAAAUUUUUCUGAUCCAGAAGACGAGAGGAUUCUUAGCAAAAGCUUUAGCUUUUCCCAGUUGUUCCAUUCAGAUGGGCGUCAAUCGCCAGCCAGGAAGAUGGAUUUUGUUCACUUAAGUGAAAUUGUAAUAAACAGUCUCCAUGAACUUGGACUUCUGAGGCAGGAACAGGUCUCAGACGCUGUGGGCACAGUCCAUGCUCUGAGGAACGCGUCUAAACUUUUCUCAGCCCUUUCUGAACCUCAAAAAAAAGACAUUGGUAAAAUUCUGACUCAUGUAUAUCUCCAUGUCUUCCAGGACAAGGACUCAGCUUUAUUUCUGCAGAUUUACUCUUCAUUUUACCAAUACGUCUAUACAUUUUUGAGCAUUCAGAGUAGAGAGUCCUUGCUCCCUUUCCUCACACAAAUCUCAGAACACAUUUUGGAUAUCACAAGGCAAUUUAAUUUCCAGAACAUCAGUAAGGCAUUUGCAUUUUUUUAUGAGACAACAGAGGUUCUUGGGGGAAUUUCUCAAGUGCCUUACUGUCAGCAGCUGCUUUCAAUUUUUAACUUUUUGGAGCUUCAAGCCCAAUCCCUGAUGUCUAAAGAGGCCCCAGAAAUGCAAGGGAUCCACGCUACUCUGACAGGCCUCAAACAGCUCUUCGCGACGGAUGCAGAUUUUCGUAAUUCUGUAUUUCAGUAUGUGAGCCAGCUCCUCCAUGGCUCAGGAGAAGCCCUGCUGGGUAAUGAAUGCUUCGUUUUGAAUAACAAAAGCCUUCCUUCUGUGCAUUACUCCGUAGAGAAGGGGUCUGCUUCCCGUCUUCCCUGGGCACAGAUGCUUUCCAACCUCACAGCAGAGGGCAGCGCGUUCCCUAGGUUUGCGGCGGUUCACUGUACUGUCUCAUGGCUGCAAAUGUGGACUGGAAUCUGCCGAAGCGCAUCGCAGGUAUUUCGGCUGAACCUGGGUGUUCUCACUUCGCUUCAUGUUGGUCUCACUCAGCUUUUGGAUGAACUGGAAAGUGCUGUGCCUGUUCCCCAAACCUGCCGCGGACGACUUCCAACCCAUCACCCUGCUGGACUCAUCUUACACUUGUUUAGAAAUGUGACUCAAGCUGAUGGCUUUCACAGUUGGGAUGAUUUUCUAAAUCUCAGGGGUCUCUGGGUGGCAUUAAGUGAUGGAUUAGUUAGAGUAAAGUUGCUCAACCUGGACCAUGUAGAGAAAUCCCUUCUCACCAUGGAAACCGCCCUGGCUCAGCUGAAGUCAUUUCCUUUACACACAAACGGGAGCAGAGAGUUUUUAUCUUCUCUCCUGGACGUUUUCAUUGAGUUAAGCAAUACCUCAGCCUAUAUAGAUAGAAAUGUACCUUUGAGGAAUCACUUUCUUUCCAAGGACCUUACAGAUUAUGAAGUGAGGUUUGCAGAUGUCCUUGCCAACCUCAGAGAAACAAUAUCAUUUCUUAAAAAUGUGUCCCAUGACCAAGAUUUAUUGUCCUGUGCUGACAUUUUCCAAAAUGUUACUGAGUUUAUUUUGGAAGGUGGCCUCUUCUAUGCCAAUACCUCACAGAGGGCAUUUCACAUUCUGGCCAUGUUAAAUUCCACAUUUUCUUCUGCAGACACAGUUAGCAGGCUGAAAGGAUGCAGCCGGUGGAUAGACAUCAUCACCCAUCUGUGUAGGAUGUUGUCUAACUCCAGUUUUUCACAAGGCCGCCUUCAGGGUGUCGUGAGGCGUUUCAGAGAUGCGGAGGACAAAAUGAACUCGGCUUUGAAGCUUGUGACUUGGGUGUUGAAUGUAAUGAUGGAGCCUGAUUGUUCACUGAAUACAUCGAAUAUGAAUUGUGUGAAUAGUUACUUAAAAAACAUGACUGACUUUCUCAAUGUUAUACUCACUGCAGUCUUGGAAAAAGAAGAGGUACCAAAAUUUGAGAUUUUAUUAACCGUUUUAAAUGAUUCCACAAACCAAGUAAGGCUGAUUAUCAGCAACGUAACAAGAGACUUUGAUGCUGCACCUCAGUCCAACUGGAAACAUUUUACUGAAUUAAUUCUAAAACCCACAGAAAUGUCAGCUGAAAUGCCUCUUCUGUUUCAAAAUAUUUGGCUGCAUUUAGUAGCUCUGGGGAAGAAAAUUCAAACACUCGCGAAAGCGAGUUCCCCUCCCACCCUGAAAAAUAACACCUCUUCUGAAACUGAAAAAAUUUUAAAUGCAUUUGCGACCAGUCCAAAGGAAAAGGAAAUGCAUGGGUUAGGCGAUUCGUUUUAUCAGUUAGCUAGUUACCUUGCCUUCAAUUUAUCUCAUGAUCCUCAAAGUUCUCCCCAAAUAACUUCACCGGAAAUAAUAACAAAAGCUGUGGGUCUCAGUAUUCAACUGAUGAGGGAUGCAUUCAAUUUCCUAAGGCCCUCAGUUUAUCACAACAUCCCACAAGAGCCCGAGAAGUUGCAAGUUUUGAAGACAGUAACUUCUCUGAUGCACACUCUCAAGAACGCAGACAUACACCUGCUAGCAGAGCAGCUUGGACAGGUUGGUGAAGGCCUGAUGAAUUUCUUUAGGAAUAUCAGUAGGUUAGGAUCUGGCACCUUGGGAGUCAGCUUCUUCGUUGACUUGAUGGAAAAAUUUGUCGACAGCUCCCAUUCUUGGAAUGUCAACCAUCUGCUGAGGCUCUCACGCCUGUUCCCCAGAGGUGACGUUGACACCGUGGUAGAUCUGUAUUACCUGCUUCCUCAUGCCGUGGGGCUCCUGCAGAGAGUGGUCGACAAAAACGUCACGGAAGCCCUCAAGGAUGCCUAUAACUUCACGCUCCUUCAUGGCAUAAGCCUUUCAGAUGUCACCAAGGAAGACUUUGCCAUUGUGAUAAAAACUCUUCUGGACACAACUGAAUUAAUAUCAGAUAAUCCGGAAAUUCUUCCAGAGGCCUUAACUUGUCUUCCUGUGUUUUGGUGCUGGAAUCGCACGGCUUCUGGAUUGCAGCAGCAUCCUAAGUCAGAGGCCUGUAAUGCCCAUGAGCUCACGUCUCUUUUUUACAGCAAAGUGGCCGGGAUCCUUGCCCACCUCCACCUGUCUCCCCUCAGUGAAGAUUCACCAUGUUUAAAUGAAACCUCACAGAGGGAGGUAAGUAGGAAAGUGGCCUGUGUCGUUCAUGAAUUAAUGGACUGGAUGUCCAUUCUUCUAGAGCUGUCUGAAGCCUUCCAUGUCAAGACUUCCCUUGUGGAAACUGUGCAAGGAUUUUGGUAUAAGGCAUUACCAUUCGUCCUGUCUUCUGGAAAUCAAAGCCAUGGUAGCAUCUCUGAACUUUGUCCUGGUGGUCCCGUUAAGCAAGUUGCUUUGCAAGUCAUAGGAAAAUUAAAAAAUGUCGACUUAACAAAAGUCACAUCAGAUGAAAACCUUCUUAAUAAACUAGCUAGUUUAAACAAGACCCUUAAUGUUACUGAAGGGGCAGAAGCACCUGUUCGAAAUACUAGUUCCUUAAAUCUGGGGAGAAUAAUCGACUUGCUGUCUAGGGAUGAGAACCUAGAAAAUAGGACUAAUUCCGUAGUCUCCCUGUUUAUGACACUUCUGAAUGCAAACCUUACAGGCCGUAGUUUGGAAGCACUAUCAAGUUUUAUUAAAGAGACUGGAGCAACCUACAACUUUGAGGCACUCUGGCUUGAGCUUGAACAAAUCAUGACAGAUCUAACCCAUGACUUUAGGAUCAGAUCCCUGUUUUCUGAGAUUAACAAAGAAAUGCAAAUGAUUAAUUCAGUGACUCUUCAAAACAUCACUCUGCAACUUGCCCCUUUUUUGGAACGCCUGGAUUCAUCAUCAUUGAAGAUAUUAGAAAUUAUUGAAGAUUUUUUAUUGGCCAUAAAAAACCGGUUCCAUAAAUAUGCAAACAAAGAUGACUCCAAAAUGAUACAAACAUUUCUUCUUACAGCUAACCAGAGUUUACCUGAUGACACCGCUCUGUGGACUAAAAAUAUUGCUGCCUUUUUGAGUCACCUCGAAAACAUUUCUAGAGAAGAUAAUUUUGAUGUUGCCCUUCUUACUCAUCUGCUAAACCAAGAGCAGCCAACUAAUUUCUCAGUUGUUCAGCUGCUUUUGGAAAGCUUCCUAAUUAAUUCAAUCAAUAACUUAGUUGAGAGCUCUCAAGAAGCAGUCUUGAAUGUAAGUGAUGCUGACCUUCAAAUAAUGAAUUUCAUUAACCUCCCCUUGAACCACACUCAGUCGGAAGAUGGUGAGAGAACCCCUCUCCCUCCGAGAAGCCUAGUGGAUUUCAUGGAGCAGCUUUGGAAAACAUUCUUCUCCUUUUUAGUCAAGGCACAUUCUGGAAACAGAGUAUCUCUCCUGCUAAAAGACCUCCGCAGAAACAUCAUAGCAGAGAUGAGCGCUGUGGAAGCGUGUCGGAUUUUCCAGCAGCCUCUGAAGCCCCUGGGAGCCUCGGUGACUCUGCAGAAAGUGAAGUUGCUGGUCCUGCGUCUGCUUGUCAUCUUUGCAGAAAACCCUCCCCUGGCCACGGACAUCCUGUGUGCCACUCUGAGCUGCCAGCAAGGCCGGAUAAGGAGCCUGGUUUUGUCUGCUCUGCAAGGCGUCAUCUUGGUGCACGACCACUCUCAGGAACUGGAGAAGACGUGGGCCUUUCCGCAUCAGCUCAGUUGUGAAGGCCUCCGCAGGAAUCUUUCCAGCACCUUGGAAAGCUUCCGGAGCAGCUUGGAAAAGGCCCGCGAGCAGGGCUGUGAAUGCGGGCGCCGCCCGGCCCCCGGCCCGCAGCGCACACGCAGGUUGGUCCAAAGCCUCGAGAAGAUUUUGGUGUCUGGGAAUCCCAUAGUGACUUUUCUUAGCAAUUUCACAGUAACUGAGGACGUCAAGGUGAAGGAUUUGAUGCAGAACGUCACCAGGGUAACAGAGGAGCUUCGCUCUUCUCUCGGCAUCUCAGCGGAAACCAUCGGUAGCAUUUUAGAAGCAAAUCUUUCCCACUCAAAGGUUCUCCAGAGCGCCCUGACGGUGGCCCUGUCUGGAAGCUGCGACCAGGACAGUCUCCGCCUCCUGCUCGAGCUUCCUGAGGAUGGAAAGUCUGAGUCUGCAACGAAGGAGCUGUGCGGCCUGCCCGGGGCCACAGUGUACUCCCUGGUCGUGCUGAUGGCUCGGAACCUGGACCCGCGGAAUUUCAUUUACAAAACCCUGCUCCCUUCGGAGGCCCGUGGCCUGCUCAGCUCCCUGCUGCAUGUCAUCUCCAGGCUCAGCCGCCUGCUUCCUAAGGCCAGCUAUGUCCUCGGACACCUUCCCGAGUUCCUUCAGGCACUGAAGGUCACCGCCUUGCUGGACGUGCCUGACUUUGAACAGGCUUCGUACAGUGAUCAGGCCCGAAGCUCAGCCUUUGGUACUUUCCAGUCUUUGAUGAAGAUGGUUUGCAAGGAGCAAGCAUCUUUCUUUAGCCGCUCGGACACGUUUAUGAAUUUGCCUCGAGUUGAUGAACUCUUAGAAGAUGACAAAGAAAAAUUCAACAUUCCUGAAGAUUCAACACCGUUUUGCUUGAAGCUCUAUCAGGAAAUUCUUCGUUCUCCAAAUGGUGCUUUGGUGUGGUCCUUCCUAAAGCCUGUAUUACAUGGAAAAAUACUGUACACACCAAACACUCAGGACAUAAAUAAGGUCAUUCAAAAGGCAAAUUAUACUUUUGAUUUUGUGGACAAGCUGAAGACUUUAUCAGAAACACUGCUGAACAUGUCCAGCGAUUUUCAGAGCAGUGGAACCAGCCAGAUGCUGAACCAGCUGCAGGAAGCCCUGAAAAACAAAUUUGUAAGAAGAUUUGUAGAAAGCCAGCUGCACGUCAGUAUAGACAAGUUGACUGAAAACCUUCAAAAACUUGGAGGGAAGCUGGGCAGGAUGUUCAGCCACACGAGUGCGGGACGUGUCCGUUCCCUGGGCCGUGUCCUGGUCAACCUCUCGUCCUGCGUGGUGCUCAACCGCUUCCAGGCCCUGGAGUCGGUGGCCACCCUGGAGUCUAAGGCACAGGAGCUCAUGCGAAAGAACAGUUUCCUGGCCAGUGUCAUAUUCAGCAAUUCCUUCGUCGGUAAGAACCUCAGCUCCCAACCGCCGCCGCUGCCGCCGGAGGUGGCCUACACCAUCAGGACCAGUGUCCUGUACAGCAUGAGGACAGACGUGGUGAGAAACCCUUUCUGGAAGUUCCAUCCUCAGAGCCUACCGGCCGAUGGCUUCAAGUACAACUACAUCUUUGUGCCCCUGCAAGACAUGAUCGAAAGAGCCAUCGUCUCGGUGCAGACGGGGCAGGAGGCUCUGGGCCCCGGCACGCAGGCCCAGGCCAUCCCCUACCCCUGCCACACCAGCGACCUGUUCCUGAACAACGUCGGCUUCUUUUUCCCCCUGAUAAUGAUGCUGACGUGGAUGGUGUCCGUGGCCAGCACAGUCCGAAAGCUGGUUUACGAGCGGGAGAUCCAGCUGGAAGAGUACAUGAGGGUGAUGGGCGUGUCCCCUGCUGUCCACUUCCUGGCCUGGCUCCUGGAGAACGUGGCCGUGCUGACCGUGAGCAGUGCCGCCCUGGCCGUCAUCCUGAAGACCAGCGGCAUCUUCAGGUACAGCAACGGCUGCAUCAUUUUCCUCUUCCUGCUGGAUUUCGGGGUGUCCGUCGUCAUGCUGAGCUACUUCCUGAGUGCGUUUUUCAGCCGAGCGAACACAGCUGCCCUCUGCACCAGCCUGGUGUACACCGUCAGCUUUCUGCCCUACAUAGUUCUGCUGGUUCUGCACAACCAAUUAAGUGCUGUCAUGCAGACGUUUCUGUGCCUCCUCUCCACAACUGCCUUUGGACAAGGAGUGUUUUUUGUUACGUUCCUAGAAGGGCAAGAGGCAGGCAUGCAAUGGGAUAAUAUGUACGAGUCUCCAGAACAAGCAGGCAUGACAUUUGGCUGGGUUUGCUGGAUGAUUCUGUUUGAUUCAGGCCUUUAUUUUGUAUGUGGAUGGUACUUGAGCAACUUGAUUCCUGGAGCUUUCGGUUUAAGGAAGCCGUGGUAUUUCCCCUUCACCUCGUCCUAUUGGAAGGAUGUGUGUGGCUUGGUGGUGAAGAGGCCUUGCAGUCCGGGUCCUAACCUGUUCUUCUUCGGCGAGAACGUGGAUGAUAAAGGCUCGUCCCUGCAAAAUGGGGAAGGAAGGCUGGAAGGACCUCCCCCGGGCGUUGCGCUGCUGUCUGUGACCAAGGAGCAUGAGCACCGCCAGGCGGCCGUCCGGGACCUGACCCUGACCUUCCACAGGGACCAGAUCACCGCGCUGCUGGGGACCAACGGUGCCGGGAAGAGCACGGUCAUAUCCUUGCUGACGGGACUGUACCCUCCCACGUCUGGAACCAUCAUCGUCAACGGCAAGAACCUGCAGACAGAACUGGAGGCCGUCAGAGCGGAGCUGGGCGUGUGCCCCCAGCGGGACGUGCUGUUCGACACCCUCACGGUGCUGGAGCACCUGCUGCUCUUCGCUUCCCUGAAGGCGCCGCAGGGGCCGCAGGAGGAGCUUCGACGGCAGGUGGAUAGAACCCUCCGGGACGUGGGGUUGGUGCAGCACCGGCACAAACCAACCCGAGCCCUCUCCGGCGGCAUGAAGAGGAAGCUGUCCGUCGGCAUUGCUUUCCUGGGCGCGUCGAGGACCGUGGUCCUGGAUGAGCCCACCAGCGGGGUGGACCCUUGCUCCCGUCGUGGCAUCUGGGACAUCCUCCUCAAGUACCGAGAAGGUCGGACGGUCAUCUUCAGCACCCACCACCUGGACGAGGCCGAGGCGCUGAGUGACCGCGUGGCCGUGCUGCAGCGGGGGCGGCUCCUGUGCUGGGGGCCCCCCUCCAGCCUGACGCAGGCUCACAGCCAGGGGCUCCGCCUGACACUCACAAGGCAGCCUCCCGUCCUGGAGGUGGACAACCUGAAGGACACAGCUUGCGCCACGUCUCUGAUCCAGACCUACAUCCCACGAGCAUCCCUCCGAGGCUGCAGCGGGGGCGAACUGAGCUACGUGAUCCCCCAGGAUGCAGACAGAGCCUGCUUCAGAGGGCUCUUCCAGGCCCUGGACCAGAACCUUCAGCACCUGCACCUGACAGGCUAUGGGAUCUCAGACACCACCUUAGAAGAGGUGUUUCUGAAUCUUCUUCAAGAUUCCAAGAAGCCAUCUGAGGCUGCCCCAAGGAUGGAUCUAGAGCCUCCAGAGCCUUCUCCUGGUCACUAUGGUGCGCGUGCCAGGACCCCCCUGGUGCAGGGUGGUCCCCUGCUCCUGGCACAGAUGGCGGCUCUCCUGGUGAAGCGGCUUCGCCACGCGGGCCGGGCCUGGAAAGGCACUGUCGCCAACCUGCUGCUGCCGGUCCUCUUCGUGGCCUUGGCAAUGGGCUUGUUUAUGGUGAGGCCUUUGGCUGUGGACUACCCGCCCCUCAAACUGACACCUGGCCACUAUGACGGGGCUGAAACUUACUUUUUCAGCAGCGAGUAUGAUGACCUGGGACUCGCCCGUGUGCUUUUGCGCAAGUUUGGGGAUGCGUCCUGUGCUGAUGGAAACCCAGACCUGGACAAUUCUUCCUGCUGGCGCUUGGACCCCUCCUCUCACCUGGAAGCCCGGAAGCUCUGUGACUGCCUGACCUGCCCCAACGGAAGCACCAGGGCUCCCUACCUGACCAACGGCCUGGGCCACCGGCUGCUGAACCUCUCGGGCCUCCGCCUGGAGGAGUAUUUGCUGGCGCCAACGGAAAAGCCAAGGCUCGGAGGCUGGUCUUUUGGAGUACGGGACCCCGGUCAAGGUCAAGACGCACAUUCGAAUAUAUCAAAGCCAAAACCUCUGGCAAAGGUGUGGUACAAUCAGAAGGGUUUCCACUCCCUGCCGUCCUACCUAAAUCAUCUAAACAACCUCAUUUUGUGGAGGUUCUUACCCCCUGGCGUGGAUUGGAGGCAAUACGGAAUAACCCUCUACAGCCACCCGUACGGAGGCGCCUUGCUGAACGAGGACAAGAUCCUGGAGAGCAUCCGCCAGUGCGGCGUGGCCCUCUGUAUCGUGCUCGGCUUCUCCAUCCUGUCUGCGUCCGUCGGCAGCUCCGUGGUGAGGGACAGGGUGACGGGAGUCAAGAGGCUGCAGCACAUCAGUGGCCUGGGCUACAGGACGUACUGGUUCACUAACUUCCUGUUUGACAUGCUGUUGUACUUGGUCUCCGUCUGCCUCUGUGUCGCCGUCAUUGCCGCCUUCCAGUUAACGGCGUUCACCUUCCGCCAGAACCUAGCGGCCACGGCCCUCCUGCUGGCCCUUUUCGGGUACGCAAGCCUUCCGUGGAUGUACUUGAUCUCCAGGAUCUUCUCCAGUUCCGACGUCGCCUUCAUCUCCUACAUCUCCUUGAACUUCAUCUUUGGCCUCUGCACCAUGCUGAUGACGGUCAUGCCGCGGCUGCUGGCCAUCGUCUCCAAGGCUCAGCAUUUACAGAACAUCUAUGACGCCCUCAAGUGGGUCUUCACAGUUUUCCCUCAGUUCUGUCUGGGUCAGGGGCUGGUCCAGCUCUGCUACAAUCAGAUCAAAUACGACCUGACCCACAACUUCGGCGUCGAUUCCUACGUGAGUCCUUUUGAGAUGAACUUCCUGGGCUGGAUCUUCGUGCAGUUGGCCGGGCAAGGCACGGUCCUCCUGCUCCUAAGGAUGCUCCUGCACUGGGACCUUUGGCAGCGGUCCAGGGGCCACUCUGCCAUUCAGGGCACAGUCACAUCCUCUCAGGACAUAGACGUUGAAAAAGAGCAAAUGAGGGUGUUGAAAGGCAGAACCUCUGGAGACAUCCUGGUGAUAUGCAACCUCAGUAAAAGUUACACACGUUUCUUCAAGAGGACCACGGCUGUGCAAGACAUUAGCUUGGGCAUACGGAGGGGAGAGUGCUUUGGGCUCCUGGGGGUGAACGGCGCUGGCAAGACCACCACUUUCCGAAUGCUGAACGGGGACCUCCGGCCGACCUCAGGACACGCAGUCAUCAGGACUCCGAUGGGAGAGGACGUGGACCUGUCGCUUGCCGGCGCAGCGGGUGUCCGCAUUGGCUACUGUCCACAGCAGGACGCCCUGGAUGAGCUCCUGACUGGCUGGGAGCACCUGCAUCAUUACUGCAGCCUGCGCGGGAUUCCAAAGCAGUGCAUCCCCCAGGUGACUGCCGACCUCGUGAGGCGCCUCCACCUGGAAGCCCACGUGGACAAACCCGUGGCCGCCUACAGCGGGGGCACCAAGCGGAAGCUGUCCACAGCUCUGGCCCUGCUGGGGCAACCCGACCUUCUCUUUCUGGAUGAGCCCAGCUCCGGGAUGGACCCCUGCUCUAAGCGCCACCUGUGGGACGCCGUGAUGAAGGAGGUGCAGGAGGGCUGUGCCGUGGUGCUGAGUUCCCAUAGCAUGGACGAGUGCGAGGCUCUGUGCACGAGACUGGCCGUGGUGGUGGACGGCAGCUUCAGAUGCCUGGGUUCCCCACAGCACAUCAAAAACAGGUUUGGUGAUGGUUAUACAGUCAAGAUUUGGCUCUGUAAGGAUGCAAACCAACACAGCGCUGUUUCUGACUGCUUGAAGCUCUAUUUUCCAGGAAUCCAGUUUAAGGGGCAGCACCUUAAUUUAUUGGAAUAUCUUGUGCCCAAAAGGUGGGGAUGCUUGGCGGACCUGUUCACUGUUCUAGAGACCAAUAAACACUCCCUGCGUAUUGAACACUACUCCGUUAACCAAACCACUUUGGAACAGGUAUUUAUUAAUUUUGCGACUGAGCAGCAAAGCCCACCAGCUUGUCCUGAUCUGUCCGCUGACCACCACUGCCCACAGCAUCUGCCUAUCUAGGCACUAAUGAAGACAUUUGUCAGGGAAAUUAAGCCUUGUCAUUUGUUAUAAUUAAUAUUCAAAGAUCAGAGGAGCGAGUGGGCAGCAGAGGAGCAGGAAGAUAGUCAAAUUUCCUUCUCUUCUCCCUUUUCUACUUUGAAACUCUUUGCUAAUUAAUAACUAACAGUGUCCUUCUUUUCUGCAGACUUUGGAGCAGUUUCUCUGAUUUAGUUACUUUCUCUGCCAAGCCCAGGGGGGGCCAGCUUCCUGGGACACAGGCAGGAAGGGACUGACCUCCUUCUGGAGCUGGAAAGGCCAUCAGAGGCUGCCCGUGUCAGACAGUCCAUGUGACGUUUAAGAAAACCAAGGCCCCCAACUUACUUGUAUAGGGAAUAGUACCAGAAUUUUUUCUAUUUUUGUCAUCUUUCUACUAGGUCAUGCUUACACGUAUCUAAAUAAUCAUUCAGGAUUUAAAUGCACACUUUCUCUAAUCCUAGAUGACAUUAUAAUGUGGUAUAAGAUGAAAACAUACCUUUUUUUUUUGUACAAAACAUACUUUUAAAACAUGGGAAUUAAAAAGCUUUUUAGUCAACCCUUUAGCAAAAUUAAUUAAAUUUAACGUGGUACUCUGUAUCAUUUAUAAAAUAUUUUACCAGAAUUUCACAGAUUGUAAAUUUAGGGGAAUACAGAAAGAACUGUAAUAAAGAUAUAUUUAUUUUCUUUUUAUUUUCUGGACUAAAAAUUGCUACUCCUAAAGUUAUCCUAACUGAGUAGCUUUCCAAGUGUGUUGGUCCCGCCUUAGAGCUGCAGCAGUGUCUCCCAGGAGCUUGGCAGACAUGCAAGUUCUCAGGCGCCCACACGUGAUGAAUCUCAGACCCUGGGGUGGGAGCCCCACAGCCUGGGUUUAAACCCCACCCCUCCCACCCUAGUUUCUUAUGAACAUUCCAGUUUGAAAACCAACCACCCAAGGAUACAUGUAGUUACUUUCUAGUUCUGCAAGCAAAAUUAGCUCAAUAUGUAGUAAACACUAAUUUUCAAAUAAUUGUUGCAUUUCUAAAAUGGUAUCAUCUCAGAAUUAGUGUCCUCAAAGUAUUUUCAGAUGUAAAGUUCUAAGAGGUGAUUCGAAAAGCCUACGUGAGUCUGACAGUGUGCAUUUUAUAGUUAGUAAAAUGUAUAACAUCAGUGUGUCUGCUACGCAAAGCGGUUUCCAGUCGGACGGGUCUGAGUUGAAAUAUUUCUCAACCUUCUUGGAGUGACACUUUUCCAGCAUCCCAGUGGGUGGCUGUACUGACUUCCUUUUAAAAUCUAACCUUAGUCAAUUAAGUUUUUGAGUGAUAGUGGCUUGCGAUAAAAGGAAAACUUUUGGGGACAUUUCUUUGCUGAAGCACGAUUUCGUUAAAAUACGUCUUUCCUAGAUAGAAUUCUGUACUAGAGGUAUUUUUAAAUGGUAAGGAUUUAAGCCAAUCGUGGAUCAUUUUGAUGUGACGAUUUUGUUUCAUAUAUAUCACGCAGAUUAUGCUUUCCUAAGAAGUUACCGUUAAGGGUUCUAUGAUUUUUCCCCCAGUCCGCACUGUCUCGUUGUCAGAAUGGAAGAAGUAAUCUGCUGUUGUUGUUGUUGAUCAUAAAUAAAAUUUGUGAAACACGACCCUGUUUAUAUUGCCAUGAAUAAAUGAGACGACCUUUAGUU